AAAACCUCAACAAUACAAGCACUCUGUUUGCUCUGGUUAAUAAACUCACUAAUCUCUAAAUAAAAUUGUGCUCGAGCUCCUCUCAACAGAUAAAGAUGAUGAAUUUGCAGACUAUUUUAGUGAAAAAGUACAAACCAUCACAUCAAAUAGCACAAAUCACAAAACCAGCCGGGAAUAACCCAACUGCCAUGUGAGAAAUAGGGGAAACUGUUCAGUAGCUGAAACUAGCUGUCAACUAAUCAUCUGAAUUUUUCAAAACUCAUUUGGGCCUUUAGGGACUGCCUGGUGCCAGUCGGCACCUCGUUGGUGAUCCCUGGUAGAGCGGCUCUUCCUACACAACUUCAAAUACACAUUAGUAAAUAAUUUAUUUUUUAAACCAACCAAACGAACAAGAAAUUACUGUUCUCAACCUGUCAGCACUGACGUAAGAAUGAAAAAGUUUGUGGUCGGGCUUCACCCGGUCGUUUCAGUGAGCCCGGGGUGUGACGUCACACUCCCAGAAUGCACGGCUUGCAGCGCGGCGCCAGCAGAUCAGGCCCAGACUCGCUCGAAUAAACAUCUUCUAAAACCUUCAUCUGUCCAAAAUGCCCACGUGGAGGCCAAUUGGAGCGUGGUGGAAGGUCGGGGUGGUGCGCCAGGCGGUAAGAAACGUCUGCUGUGUAAAUGUUGACUUGAGUAGGACUUUUUAGCCAAUUUGCUAAAGUGAUACAGAGAGUUAGCUCCCGCAAGACAAACUCCGACACAACUUAGUGAAGCGGACGACUAUUGUUAUUAAUUUGUCAUUCUUGCUCGGUUAAACUUCGGACAUUUACCCGCAGCCGUGGGAACAAAUAUGUAUACCGAUGUGGUGCUUAUCGAGUAAUCCACAAGUGUGAAUUUAACUCAACAUCCGCCACCGAAAUUCACGAAGAUAAGUUGGGCUAGCAGACAACUUUAGCCCCGGUCAGGUCUUUUGAGAUGUUGAGCUUCCUCUGCUGAACACCAACGGACUCCGCAGCGAAAGAAACUGUAGUAAUUGCAGCCCUCUUGGGUUGCUAUGGAAGGUGCUGUCACUGAAACCAAGCGCUGGACACAGGCCUGUCCCACCAAGGCAGGACAGACCACACGUCAUUUCCACAAGAGAUCAUUAAAUAGUCAACAAACUGCACUUAGUAUUAAUGCAAACACACAGAGAUAACACAACAGUCUAGGACCAAAGAGUGGAUGGCCAGCUAGCUGGAGAAUCCUCAUGAGUGUUGCUUGUGUGUGCUCCUACUCACUCAGUUCUUCUCCAGCGACACAACCAGCAACCUCCCCCGUGGGACCAUGUUCCACCAGCAGGAACAACUGAAGGGGCAGCUGCAGGAUAGCCACAUAGCCAACAGGCAGCUGGGUUUUCACUGCCAGGAGUGUGGGAAGCAAUACAACACUCAGCUGGGAUAUAGGCGGCAUCUAGUGGAAGCUCACAGUGCUGGCGCGGGCCUGUCCUGCUCGGAAGGGGCACCGUCGCUGCUGGAGCACCUGGGUGGUGGCCAUAUUGACAGGCCUCCAUCAGCAGAGGGCAACAACAAUGCUGUUGUGGCGGUGAGAGAGAGGAAAUAUUCCUGCGAGCGAUGUGACCGCCGUUUUUACACCCGGAAGGAUGUACGUCGCCAUGCUGUGGUGCACACUGGACGCCGUGACUUCUUGUGUCCUCGCUGUGCUCAGCGCUUUGGCCGCAGAGACCACUUGACGCGACACUUGAAGAAGAGCCAUGCGCACGAUGCAGGAUUGAUACCACUGGUGACAGCCAGCACUCCUGUGGCGACAUCCACGACAACCACCCAGUGUCCCGUCAAGGAAUCCAGCCCUUUAGCCUCGGACAGAAGCUCCUCCACCUCCAAGGAACCUGUGGAGACUUUCACCAGGGACAUGUUCAACUCCUACCCCAUUACCAGUCCAGUCCCCGGGAUGAGUCACCCACAUGGCCUCAUGCAGGUCUCUCUGUCCUCAAGCAUGGGAGUCAGUCGGCACAUGCCCCCGCCGUCUCCUCACAACCACCACCAUCAUCACUUGCAGCCUCUGUCGGCGCCUCAGCAGCAGUCGUACAGCAACGUGCCCAGGUACCAACAAGGAUCUACCUCAUAUCCUCGCACUGACAUGGACAGUUUCCUGCUGGAUCUGCAGGGUGCCCCUCCUCCCCACCUCAGCUCAGUCAACUCUUCUACCUCUACGUCCACCUCUCCUCAAAGGGAGAUGCUUGCUGAAGGGAUUGCUGUCGGCAGCGAUCCCCACCUAGUGCCCAGGAAUGCUGAGCUUUCCUGCACUACUAACAUGGAACUUGGGCCACUAUUGGGCUUCUUGCCUUUCAGCCUGCCGCCGUACAGCUCUCAUGUAGGAAUGGGCGGGUUGAUGAUGGGUUACCCUCCUUCCACCACCGCCACCACCUCGCCAACCUCUUCUACUGGGUUAUCCUCCCAGUCAUCCGGGCCUUUCACCUUCUUCCAGCCUCCUCAGGCUCAUGUGCCCCAGGGGUCUGUAGCCCACAACCAUAGCCAACUACCUCAGGCAUACAGCACUUCUGCUGUCAGCACUUCUAGCUCCUUACCUCAUUACUACCAAGCCUUUCAGCAAUAAGCAGUUGUGUGUUCUCAAACUCGUCUUCACAAAUGCGUGUUUUUCCUGUCAAAGGUCAAAUGGCAUCUUUAUCCAUACGUAUAUGUGUCCUGACUUUUGUUACUGCGAUAGAUUAUUCUUGAACACAACAAAUCACCUCAUCAGUAUUACUGUAUCUCGUUAUUUAAAAAAAACAAAACAAAAAAAAAAAACACUUGAAUGCACAAAUGUUGGCUAUCUCACUACAACCAACAAGAGUAAUUCUUUCAAAUCUCCGAACAACAGUUAAUGCACUUGAUUCCGCUCUCACAACUAUGUGGUGACGACCUGGUUUGACGAAACGAAACAUGUAGCGCACACUUACACAUGUCACACGUGUAUAGACACCUUGAAGCACUGCGUUCAAAGAGGACCCACCAGCAUAGUGACAUAACCGCCAUGGAAUGCUCUACCCUUUGUUACCAUGUGUUUCUGUAUCACUCAUUUAGAAUGCACUUAAGUUUAGUUUUCAUCAUAACAUACCUUUUUAUUUUUCAAUGGCUUCAAGGCAAUUGGCGUUUGUGAUGGAUAAGCAGUUUCAAAACUAUUUCGAUUCUCUGCAGACUCAGGUUUGUUUUUGUGACAAUUGUCUGUUCGUUACAAUGGUGACUAUUUGGCUCAAAAUACCAUUGAAUAUACACUGAGCAGCCAGAACAUUAUAAUCACCUGCGCAAUAAAUUGAUAUCCAAUAUUGGAGCUGCGUCCUGCCUUUACAAAAAAAAAAAAGGCGAGAGUAAUGAUCAACUGAGAUAAAUUGUGUGUUGCUUCGUCGUGAGAGCUGUGUCUGAACUGAACGUUAUCUUUGUCAUGGUAGAAUGUUUGAUGCAGCGCUUGUAUUGGAUAUCAUGUGGUUGUAGCAUGACUACAUUCUUAUCCAAAAUGUCUUACAGGGAAUGUAGUCGGUCACUGUGCAAAUCAGGAAACUCACCUCAGGAGCUUGACUGAUACUUAAAAUAAAAUGCAGUUUCUUUCUUGGGGUAAUGAUAAUCUUGUUGUUCAUCCAGGCCGGUGUACUCUCAGGGAAUUGAAUCGCUAGCUACUGGACUGUUCAGGUUGUCUGAGAAGACGUUUAGCUCCUCAUCUGAGCAAGCUUCAUCAGUUGAUGCUCAAGGCUUACUUUGUAGAUAGGACAACACAAGAUAACUGACAGAUGUUGCACAGUGCCCUUCUGGCAUUUGUUUUUUUAGAAAUCCAUUUUCUGUAGUCCCUUAGUGGCAAGAAUUCAUUUUACUCCCGCAAAAAAAUUGAAGACGUCUACGGUGAUGUUUUGUCAACUCGUUGCUGCUUUCAAAUGUUGCUUCCUAUUUGUUUCCAGGGUGUCCCAAAUCAUGUACCGUAGUUAGGAGAUGCAUACCAGAGAUUGAUUAGCUGAAGUACUAAUCAGAAAUUGGUCCAAUGAGCUCAGUUUUUCAGCAAGGAUUUAUGGGUAAAGUGUGAAAAUGAAAGUCAAAUGCAAUAGUAAAACAUGAUUUUCUCUUGAUUGUUGACAGAACACAUUUCUCAACAAUGUGUGGUGUCAUGUAUGUCCACAAGUUUAAAUACAUUUGUGAUAAUGAGAAAAUUAUUCCACCGCUGCGGCGUUUAAAGGAACCAGCAAACCUUUAUAGUCACCGAUAACCGUUUCAGUCAUCGUGUGAGGUGGAAUGGCAUAAUGGAGAAACAUUUUUUUCUGACUCCAUGUCAUUCACAUCAAUUACAAUUGCCAUGGGAGGAGUUAUUGCAGCCCGAAGUAUAAAGAACAAAUUUUGUUCCCCCCCCAAUUCCCUCACCCCCAAAACGGUUGGCUUUCAUAGCCAAUUGUACUUGUGGAAACUUGGAUGUUCUGAAGUGUCCAAACAGUUUUUUUCCUCAUAAACGUACCGGGAUGUUUUUCAUAUAAAGUGCCAAGACUUAAAGCUCCAAGUUUGAAACAUUUUCCCCUGCAACUUCCAUUUUGAUCUGUUGAAUGGUACUAGCAUUGGCCUUGAGUCUAUUUGCCAUUUGUAUAUGUUUUGAGGCAAACUAUUGCGCUUAAACCUAGUGAGGCGACCUGGGAAAAUUUUUAAAAAGUGUAAUUUAGAAACUUAGCUCUUCUGGAUAUGAGCAACUAUGAUCAUUGCUGUUUUGACUUAGCACGUCAAAACUAUUCUAGAAUAUGUGUUGCCUUUUCUCCUACUAUCCAUGACCCUGUCGGCCACUUUUUCCUUUGGCAUAUGGCUGGCUGGCUCUCAAGAGCUUCGAAUGAAAUUGGGACUAAAACCCCACCCCCUCAUCUUGAAGACUAUUGCAAUCCAUCCCUUUUAUACUCUAAUCACACGGUCAAGAUUAAUGGAUCCCAACCGGGAUUCCAGUAGUGAGAAUUCCCUUCACGAACAUUGCCACAAGUUGCAACGACUGUUGUGAUACUGGAAUGAAGGCAUGCAAAGAGAUAAUGCUAUCUCUUUGAAAUCCAUUAACUCUGCUGAUUGACUGUUCCACUGGCAUUGUCACGAGCCUCACUGUUGCAUUGCACCAAUGUCAAAAUGCUACUGUUGUGUGUGUCUCUCUCUCAAAGAGUGUCUAAUCUCUUGACAGGGUUAAAGCACUUAUGACAUUUCUGAAGAAAAAAAAAAGGUUUAUACCUCAAACACAGAAAUAAGGGUUUCUGUUUUUCCUUUAUAGUUCUAGUUGUUUUGGCGCUUUUUCCAUUUAGUUUUAAACUUUUGAUGGUAGCGUUUAUGAGUUAACUCUUAAUAUAGUGGCAGACAUUGAUUAUUAUAUAAUAAACAUUCUACCUCUAUCUUGUCAUAUCCUUCUGCAAUAUCAUUAGAAAAUGUUGAAAGCUGUAAGAAAUUUUACCACUGAAAAAGAUUGUGUUGAAAUUUAACUUUGAAGGACAGGCUACACACUCUGAUCAGAGGUGUAGUCCAUUGAAUCGAGCAUUGUUCUGUGUACUGGCCUUUAAUGAUAUUUCAACUUAUUUACUACCUCAGAAGUGACAGGCAACUGCUUAUCUAACUGCAGAGAAAGUGUCUAGGAUUUAAUGUUUUGCUUGCUCUAGCUCUAUAGUGUAAUGAGAGCACCUCAUCGCGUAAUAUCAAGUGCAGUCCGUUUUCUGCUCGACUGAUGUCAAGUACCGCGCCAGCCUGUAAAUAUAAUUGUUACAUGUAGGAUAGCAGGCAGGAUUCGGAUACUUUGGAUUCACAAUGGGCAACUCCUGAAAUGAACAUCAAUUGCCUCUUAUGUUACACAUCCUGAACUGAAUCACUUUCAGUAUUUUUGUGUGAGAUAAAGGACCCCCGAAUAUUUUCUGAUGUGACAAAAACGAUAAAUGCUUCUUAAUAGGGUUGGGUUGUAUUUGGCAUUUUAACAAAAGACAUUCAGCUAAAUCAUUCUUAUGUUUUGCUGUUCUGAAUGUACAUCCUGAAAGCUAAAAACAACUGUUAAAAAAGCUUCUCACGCUGUCCUUGCAGGAAAACUUACGACAUCUCAUGUCAAUAUGAACAUUGAUGCAUCCGAAUUAGACUAAUAUACUCCAGACGUAGCAAAAGAAAACAACCCGGUUUUGGUUCAAGUUACUGUACUUACAAAAUGCAAGGAUUUCAUGUAUUAUGUAAUGUCAGUAUGUAACAUUUUAAGCCUGUCCACAUUGUGUAUGACAUGUUUCACUGUGGUCCAGGGUCAAAUAUGUGUAAACAACUUUGAACCUGUGUUUACUUUCUCCUGACUAUGUAAAAACACAAGCAAGACCCCAUUUUCCAUCUGUAAUUGUGGAAUACUGUUAGUACUCUUUGGAACACUAAUAGGCUGGCUGUGAACCAAGCGCUCUCAUUUUUUUUUCUUAGUUUGCAUUAUCACAUCAUAGCAAUUAAGACCACGAAGGCAAGGUUAAUUGUUAUUUUCUUGUCUAAGCAAAACAAAAUAAAUAUGUCCUGUAGAAUUA